GCCCGGCUGGAGGAGGAUGAGCAGCAGCCCCUGGGGAGCGAGGACACCCCCAAAACCUGCUGGUGUUGAAGGCUGGGACCCCCCAACCCCUGCCCCCAGGCUGUGUCGGGGGUCAUGGGGGAAAAGGUGGAUUUUGGUGUUUUCCGGGGCCGCGUGGUCCUGAUCGAGAACGUGGCUUCGCUCUGAGGCACCACGGUGCGGGAUUACACCCAGCUCAACCAGCUCCAAGCCCGCUACCCCCGGCGGCUGGUCGUGCUGGGCUUUCCCUGUAACCAGUUUGGAUACCAGGAGAACGGCACCAACGAGGAAAUCCUCAACACCCUGAAGUACGUGCGGCCCGGGGGUGGCUUCGAGCCCAACUUCACCCUAUUCCAGAAGUGCCAGGUGAACGGGAGCGACACCCAUCCCGUGUUCGCCUACCUCAAGGCUCACCUGCCCGCGCCGGCCGACGAGGCCAUGCACCUGAUGGGUGAGCCCCGCUUUGUCACCUGGAGCCCCGUGCGGCGCUCCGAUAUCUCCUGGAAUUUUGAGAAGUUCCUGGUGGGGCCCGAGGGGGAGCCGUUCCGGCGCUACAGCCCCCGUGUGCCCACGGCCCAGCUGGAGCCCGACAUCCAACGCCUCCUCAAGCUGGCCAAGUAAUCCUAGCUCCAGCGUGAUCCCGGCUCCGGUGCGAUCCUGGCUCCGGUGUCACCCUGGGAUGGCCCCAGCUCUCUGCAGAGUGACAGCCCCCUCUGAAACCUCCACGGGGAGGGGGCUUGAUUGGGCAGAGGGUUGGAGCCACCGGGGUGGCGUGGGCUGGUGGCAAUAAAUGAGCCGGAGGGAGCGUGCCUGGAUCCACGUGGU